CGUCACGAAUUUACUUUUGUGAAAUCUUGGGACGAGUUGCGGGCAGAAUACUGUACUCUGUCAGCAAAGAAUAACGGUUAUAACUGGGAGCCUUUAACAGAAAAAAAAAACACUUAAAUUGGGUUCACCCCCCUCAUUGAAGCUCGCUUUGUAGGCCUCCUAGGAAUACCAAGACAUCAAGCCAAGUUAUUUAAAAAAUGCUGAAGUCGAUUGUUCUUGUAACCGUAGUCCUGACUUUAUCCUUCGUACUGAAAGCUUCAGAAGCGAAAAGAGUUGGGGAAGGGUUUUGUUAUAAAAAGCUCAACUCGAAAACGGGAGAAUGCAAGUCAAAGAUGAAAGUAAAGCAACAAAAGGUCGACUGUUGCUCAAGUGGUGGAGCUGGAUGGAGCGCCAGACGAAAGGACAGAGCACAGUGUGAACCAUGUAAAACCUCUGUAGUAGAAACAAGUUACUGGGGCGCCUGGAGUGAGUGGAGUAAUUGCAAUGCAACAUGCGGUCCAUCAUUCAAAGUCAGGACAAGAGAGUGCAUCUCAACAGGAAUCAAAAGUUGCAAAGGAAAGAAUGAGAAAUCGAAGCCUUGCCAGACUGAACCCUGUCCAAUCGAUGGAGGAUGGUCGCUCUGGGGAAACUGGACAAGUUGCUCAGUGACCUGUGGAAAAGGCCUUCAAACACGAACUAGAAAUUGCAGUAACCCUACUCCCCAGUUUGGCGGGAAAGAUUGCCAAGGAAAGUUGGAAGACGCGCAAUCCUGCAGUGACACGGAGCAUUGUCCAAUUCAUGGAGGUUGGGGUGAGUGGAGUAACCAUUGGUCGGAAUGCAGCGUGUCAUGUGGAUUGGGAAUACGGACACGUGAGCGGGAGUGUGACAAUCCUAAGCCUAAGUAUGGUGGUAGACCGUGUGAUGAAAAAGAACGUCAAGAUGUUAGAUACUGCAGAGAACAGAUUUGCGAUCCAGAACUUUCGGCUUCCGGCUCUGGAGAAGGCUGGGAAUCAGGCAGUGGCUCGGCAUCUGGCUCGUCGGGUGAUUCCGGUGACUGGGAGGAGCACAGUGGAAAAAGGGCCUGGAGCGAUGAUGAAGACUUAUGAGAGAGAGAAUGAUUCUUGGGGAGUCUUUAAGCAAAUCUCUGCAAACUAUGUUAGUGUUUAUGCAGUUUAGCAGUUUAAUUUUAAAUGUUUGCAAAAUUUGUAGCUGCUAUUUUUCAGAUUACUGGCCUUUUAGCUUUCCUCUUUCUUCAAUAAUUCGUUCAUUUUUAAUGCUGCGUUAAACUGUUUUGACUUUAGAGGCGUUUCCAGCUAAAAGUCGGUUUAAUUUCUUUCUUUCCAAAUGGACCGUUGACUUAUAUCGUCAAAGGUAUUCCGAGAAUUGCAUGGUAGAAAGACAAAAUAACCAGCAAUCCUGCAAACCUUCCACCACGAAAGUCAAACCCCAUGCAUGCAGUGAGUUAAUGUGGUACUAACUUUACAUUACCUCAUUAUAGUAAAGUGGUUUGUGAAGAGCGGAACGUUCACUCGUUUCAACAUAAGUCAAAAUUGUGUUUUAAAUUAGUUAGUGGGUUUUUAUGACCUUAAUUUGUAAAACUUUUAGACUCUUUCCCACUUUAGUAAGUUUAGAAGGAAAUAUUUUAGGUAGUUUAGACACAUAAAGAGUUCUCUGUUUUUGUUCAACAGACUAUAAAGAAAGGGGUGUGCAAAUUUUAUGUUGUUUCAUUUGUUUCAAAUAUCGACCAUUGACAGAGGAUACUUCUUUUGCUGAAAUCUUUUUUGUCUUCGACGUUCAGUGUGAGGCAUAGAAAAGACAUGAGAACUUUAAAAGUACCCACCAACCUAAAGGAAAAUCUAUGGAAAGGGGAGAAAAGUGAGUGAGAGGAAAACUGUUCAGGUCUCAAGAUCAUAAGAAAGCAAGGAUAUUGAAUCCAUUGAAAUACGUUUACAUUGAAUCAACCCUGAAUGGCACUGAUGUAAUGAUAUACGCGUCUAGUUUAAGGACUGUGUCUGAACUUUGUUUCUGUUGUUGUUUGUUUGUUUGUUUUUCUUUUUCAUUUGAACCUGAAAAGAUGUUCUUAAGUUUCUAUUUCCAAUCUUUUAAGAUUUUAGCAGUUUUUUGGUGUAUCUUCCCAUAGUUCUGAAUGAGAGAACACAGAGAACCCUACAACCGAAGAUGUUCUACAAUGAACCAUGUGAAAAGACAUGCAAGCCCGUCCUUCAUGUUUAAAUUGUCACUAAAGGCAAUUGAUAAAUGGACUGUGUGGGCUCAAGUUUACAUUUUAUCAGAAUUUAAAACGUUGUCGAUAUAAACGUCCUCAAGUGACUCAGCUUUG